UUUCCACUGGGAAACUGCACAUGAAUGACUCCUCAGGUCGUAAUUACGACUAGGAAACUCGGAGAUCAUUUUCUGUGGGGUUAGAAUUGUUUAUAAUUCCAAACAAACAGAUUAAUAUCUAUUACGAUUCACAAAAAAUAAACAAAUUCGUAAAUAAAUAAAACGAGAUCCACAAAUAUAUGUUAGGAGUUUCAUAAAAAAUGAAUUAAAUUCACAAAUAAAUAAAAUACGAUUUGCAAAUUUCAAAAAAUUUACAAAUAUAUGUUUUUAUGUCUCAGACACAAUUCCCCCGGGAGCACGUGAACGCAGCAUGAUUCACCUCCCUGACCGGCAUAAAGCGGUUACUGAAGGAGGCAUGAAUGAUGAAUGAAUUCACUGUAACGAACAGUUCAGAUGUUUCCAUGGAAGCAGUGUGAUUAAAUUACACUGCGAGAGUAACGCCAUUGUUUACCAAACCUACCAAAAAAAGAGAAAAGAAAGAAUGAAACGACUCCUAUACGCGACUUUCCUCUGAGCGUUCACACACAGGAACCGACUCAGUGAACCGAGUCAUUCGCGACGACACAUCACUAGCUGCACGCUAGUGAGCCGAGUCUGCUGUUUCACAGCAUGGCCGGUCAGGUGAGGCUGCUGUGCUUGGUAGUUUGUAGGUAAGCAGUAGCUAGUUUGCUCUAGUAAGUAAGGAGGUAGUUAUCUAGGUCCUGACAUGUCGGUUGUGACAGUGCAGUUAGGUCAGUGCGGUAACCAGAUAGGACCGGAAGUGUUUAGUGCUGUGUAUGAAGACUCCACUGGAGCAAAUGCACAAACAUACAAACAGUGCAGCGAUGAGAGAUUCUUCAGAGAGAAUUCACACGGAGUGCUGGUGGCACGUGCAGUUCUUAUUGACAUGGAGCCCAAAGUAAUUACUCAUGCCAUAGCAAAGGCGUCAGGCUCCGGAAAAUGGAGAUAUGGGGGAAAAUCCCACUUCUGCCAGAAACAAGGCUCUGGAAACAACUGGGCAAACGGUUACUGUGUUCACGGCCCUCAGCAUAAGGACGCAGUGGAAGAUCUGGUGAGGCGGGAGGUAGAACGCUGCGAUCGCCUUGCAGGAAUAUUUGCCAUGAUGAGUGUGGCAGGGGGUACGGGUUCUGGCGUGGGCACCUAUGUCACCCAGUGUCUGCGAGACACUUAUCCACAUUCAUUUAUUCUUAAUCACCUGACAUGGCCCUAUGGAACAGGAGAGGUUAUCGUGCAAAACUACAAUUCGGUUCUCACUCUCUCUCGUCUCUACACGCUGUCUGACGCACUCGUGGUGCACGAGAAUGACACGGUUCACAAAAUCUGCAGCCAGCUGAUGAACAUCAAGCACAUCUCUAUCUCUGACGUUAACAAGGUGAUCGCUCAUCAACUGGGCAGCGUGCUGCAGCCUGCAUACACCGCUGACUCGCCUGCUCACUACAGCCGAAACCCCAUAGGUGAAUUGCUGAGCUCCCUGGUGUGUCAUCCCGAAUACAAACUGCUCAACGUGUUGAACAUUCCUCACAUGUCUCAGACAUCUCUGGCCUACAGUGCCUACACCUGGCCCGGACUGCUCAAGCAUUUAAGACAAAUGCUCAUUGCCAAUGCCAGAAUGGAGGAAGGUAUUGAUUGGAAAGUGUGUGUGCCGUCGAACAGAGCAGAGAGCAUAAGAAACACACAAAUGGGUUUUAACAGAUCACUCUCUAAUCUUCUAAUACUGCGGGGUAAAGACGUUUCCUCUGCCGAUAUAGGGGCGUUUAAGGAGCCUGGACUCUACGUGCCAUGGGUUCCAGCAGAUGGCACUUUCCACAUGUGGCACUCCCCCGUGCCCUUCAGUGGCUAUGAGAAGUUGGCCACUUUAGUCAGCAACAGCCAGUCCCUUUUGAAUCCUCUGGAUAAUAUUGUUAAGAAGGCCUGGAACAUGUUUGCAUCACGGGCCUAUAUUCAUCAAUAUACCAAAUUUGGAAUUUCAGAAGAAGAUUUUCUCGAAAGCUUUACCAUGUUGGAACAGAUUAUCUCCAGCUACACUCACCUUUGAACCUACCUCACUAUUUUAAAUGACAUUUUGAAAUUUUUUUUUUUAACUAAUUACUGCAUGCUAACUAUCUAAAGUGAAAGUGUCUGUGUGAUUGUGUGUGUCUUUGCUGUAUUUUCUACAAGCUGUGUAUAGUAUUAAAUUGAUAUACAUGUUCAACGUCAA